CCUCCGCUUCGGCUUCUGCUGCUUCCGCGCAGAAGAAGACCAAUUCCUCGCGCCACCUCCACCACCGCCUCCGCCGCCGCCGUGGACGCCGGGAUGGAUCUGCGGCGGCCGACGACGCGCUCCUCGUCGGGGGGAGUGGAGCCGAGGUACCGGCAGGUCGGCUUCGUCACCACCACUGCCGAGCCCGCCGCGGCGGCGGCGUCGUCUUCCUCCUCCCCGCGUGGCUCCGACGUCUACCCGGGGUCGCUCUCCCCCGUGAUGAUCCCGCCCCCGCGCAUCCCCGACCACCUCACCGCCCUUUCUCCCGCCCCCGUCUCGCUCCUGCCCUCCUCCCCGCCGCCGCCUUCGUCAUCCCGCCUCGACGCCGCAGAAUCCGACCUCGACGACGACGACGACGACGACGUUGACGUCUCGUGGGCGCGGCCACCUCCACCUGCCCUUCUCGAAUCAAAGGAAGGUCUUCCUGAUACACAGAAUGAAGGUGCUCCAGCUCCAGCCCCAGUUCAACAAAAACAGAAGCUUUCUAAAGCAGAGAGACGUGCUAUUCAGGAAGCUCAGCGUGCAGCCAAAGCUUCUGCAAAGGAGGCAGGGUUAUCAAGAAAAUCUGUAGCCACAGUUUCUACUUCUAAUGCUGCAAUGUCAAAACAACUCAAAACUGUAAAGACACCUCCCAAGAAAGAUCUGCCCCAACUUACACCUCCAGUUGCUUCUGAAAAGAAGACUAGUGAGCACCCUCCUGACAGAGAUAGAAAGAAAGAUGUUCCUCCCCCUCGUAUGCAGUUUGAUAAUGUACAUCGGGUGGAGAAAACAAAGAAGCAUUCACUGGUCAACCAAGCAGAAGCACAAAACAGAGUCGAAUUGUUCAGGCAUCUGCCUCAAUAUGUACAUGGAACUCAGCUUCCUGACCUCGAGUCAAAAUUUUUUCAUCUUGAUCUAAUGCAUCCUUCUGUCUACAAGGUUGGACUUCAAUUUUUGUCUGGUGUUAUAUCAGGUGGCAAUGCUUGUUGCGUAGCAAUGCUUCUUGCUUUCAGAGAGGCCAUAAAAGAUUACUCUACACCUUCCACCAAAACUCUCAACCGAGAUCUUACUGCUAAAAUCAGUAGCUACGUGUCAUUUCUCAUCGAGUGCAAGCCUCUUUCAAUCAGCAUGGGCAAUGCUAUUAGGUUUUUGAAGAACAGAAUUGCCAAGCUAUUGCUUACAUUGUCUGAGUCAGAAGCUAAAGCUAGCCUACAGUCUGACAUUGAUCGGUUUAUAAAUGAGAAGAUAAUAAUUGCAGACCAUGUCAUUGUUAGCCAUGCAAUAGCCAAAGUCAGAGAUGAUGAUGUAUUACUGACAUACGCAUCAUCCUCUGUUGUUGAAAUGAUUUUUGAUCAUGCUAAUGAGCUUGGAAAGAAGUUUCGUGUUGUUGUGGUAGAUUCUCGUCCGAACAACGAGGGACAAGCACUAUUGCACAGAUUAGUUGCAAAGGGCAUCAGUUGCACAUAUACGCACAUUAAUGCCAUCUCAUACAUCAUGCAUGAGGUCACAAGGGUUUUUUUGGGUGCCUCUUCGAUAUUGUCAAAUGGAGCAGUUUACUCCAGCGUUGGGACAGCAGCUGUAGCAAUGGUUGCUCAUGCCUUUGGAGUGCCUGUUUUAGUGUGCUGUGAGGCGUAUAAAUUGCAUGAGAGGGUUCAACUUGAUUCUAUAUGCUCUAAUGAACUUGGUGAUCCAGAUGUUAUUUCAAGAGUUCCUGAGAGGGAAGAUUUGUGCCACCUUAAAAACUGUACUUAUAAUGAAAAUCUACAACUUCUGAAUCUUAAGUAUGACACUAUGCCUUCCGACUAUGUUUCUAUGAUCAUAACAGAAUAUGGAAUGCUCCCACCUACUAGUGUGCCAGUCAUUGUGAGAGAGUACCGCAGGGAGCACAUAUGGAUAUAGAACGAAUGAUAUUUUCCUUGAUGAUUUAAUGAGUUGGAUUUUUAAUAUGAGUUUUGUAGGUUCAUCUAUAACUUGCACUGACAAUUGGAAUACUUAAUCAUUUAGGCGAGAGCAAACAACCAGCCAACAAGGAAUGCAGUUUUGGAUGUAGAUAGGACGGGUCAUGCAGGAAAAGUCUCACAUGUGAACAGAUGCUAGAUCCAAGGAUUUCUAGCUCGCUUGUUAUCUUCAGUAUUUGUAUUCAUACUAAAUGUGACUGUUGAUUAGUACACAGACUUGUUAUCCUGUACUGAGGUGACCAGACAUGAAUUUCAAUGGCACAUCAGUUAACACCGCUUUUCUACUUCAUCAAGCGCCCUGGGUCUUUUUGAACUUAA